UUGAUUGACUUAUGUUACUUUAGUUGAAGUAAAGCCUGAAAUUUCCUUAACUUGACAAAUGUUUGCUUCUUAAAGCUUUGAUAAGAUUAUUUAUAAAUAUGGUUCAGUUCAAUGAAAAUCAAUAGUUUAUCAACCUUUUUCAACUUGCAUUUUAUCAUGAGCUAUCAAAGUUUAACAAUGAGACUGUACAUUAAACAUUUAAACGUUGAUCCUAUUAAAGGUUUAAAAUCGACAAUCAAAGGUAUUUGAUCAUUUUCAAAAUACCGUUUGAAUAAUCAAUUUUUACCUCAAAAUAAACUUGGGUUAAAAGGAAAAGAAAGGUUUUAAAAUGAGUGACUAUUUAAAUUGGUUAAUUGAUUAUUCAUUUUUAAAGCAUACAAUUAAAUCUUAAUAGCCAAUGUUUCAAUAAUGCAAUUAAUAAUUGUAAUUGCCAUUUUACCCAGAGAUUAAUGUAUCCGGUUGUUAUUUUUUUUGACGUUCUCACAUUGGAUCAUCUUUGCAAACCAUUUUCAAGUUGAGUUUACUGGUAUAAAUUUGAUUGUAAUUAUGGUGCAUCGGAAAAACAACAUUAUCAUGUUGGACUUUGAAUGUACAAUUUGAUGGUUGAUUGGAAUGUUUGAUCAUUAAUUGUGAUUUACCAUGGAUAAUAAUGGACUAAUGAUCAGAAGCCGGACAGAGGCUAAUAGUGUAAUGUGGAAACGGGGUAAAUUAUGUUUUACAAUAAUAUUGUUUCAAACGAUUGUUAGCAUAUUUUUAACAUUGUUCAGUGUUUACGAUGAAACAGCCGAAUCAUCUAAUCGGUUAAACUCCGUUUCUCCAGCUUUUGGUGGCCUUGAUCCGCAAAAUAAUCCAAUCCAAAGAUAUUUACCUCAUCUUCAAGAUCACAUGGUUUUAUCUUUAAUUGGUUUAGGCCUUUCAUCGACAAGUUCAUCAACCACAAUGUUAUCAAGUCUAGGCUUUAAUCUAUUGACAUUUACCUUUGCCUCUUCAUGGGCUUUACUUUGGCCUCAUUUAAUUACACCAAUUUGGGAAGAUUCACCUUCUAAAUUACAAUCAUCUACAUCUGGAUCAUCUUCUUCUUCCAUUUCUUUUUCAACAUUCUCCUUCCUUUUCUCUUCAUCACCAGCUCCAGCAACUUCACCAGUUUCAUCCACAUCACCAUCUUUAUCAUCUCCAUCAUCGAUUGAUGGAUCCAUGGAUAAUUCCUCUUCUUCUUCACUAUCAUCCAUUUUAUCAUCGCCUUACAAACACAAAGCUCCACUAAGCCAAACAUAUUUCCCAAAAUCUCACUCUUCACUUCCAUUUGAUUCAAAUUCAUCAAUGAAGCCAUCUAAAGCACGACGAUCAAUCCAAAUAACUCUCGGAAUCAACUCAAUCCUUCGCUCAGCUCAUUAUGGUUUAGGUGUUACUUUAUCAUUGGGAAGUCUUCAGGGUAAAGUUAGUCCUUUACAAUGUUUAAUCUUGGCUGUUUUCGAGGUUCCAAUUAUAUCUUUAAUUGAUUACAUCUUAUCUUUAUGGCAAGUUGCAGACGAAUCCGGUGGAUUAGUUAUCUAUGUAUUUUCAGUCUACUUUGGUCUAGGUGUUUCUGCUAUAAUUUGUCGAUUUACUCAGGCAACUCGAAGAAAAACUCAACACUAUGAUUCGGACCGGGAACUGUCAAUCCUUUUAGGAACCAUAUUUACUUAUCUCACAUUUCCAACAGUUACCAGCUCCUAUUCACUUGGUGAUAAGAAACAUCGUUUUGCUGUCAACUCUUGGAUAUCUGUAACAGCCUCAUGUUUAUCAGCUUUUGCAGUUUCCUCACUUCUUGAUUCAAAUGAUCGCUUCUCAGUUCGCCAUAUACGCAUUGGUUCGGCGGCUGGUGGUGUAGUUGUAUCUAUUGUAGGCCAUUACAUGCUAUAUCCUUACACUGUUUUUGUCUCUGGUAUGUUUAUUGGUGGUCUAUCAAUUGCAGCUCAUAUCUAUAUAAAUCCCUAUUUACUUCAUCGUUUACGCAUCCAUGAUACUCUUUCAAUGCAUGCUGCUUACGGUAUUCCAGCAUUCAUUUCUGGAUUAGCCUCCAGUGGUUUUGCCUAUUUAGCUGAUGAAAAUUCAUUUGGCUUAGCAUUGUACGAAUUGCUUCCUGCUCGAGCUCCACCCAAAAAUUCAAAAGAUCUUGAAGAGAUUCAAGUAAUUUUACAUCGAGUCAAUCCUGGAUUAGGUCGUUCUGCUCGUAGUCAGGCCUUAUAUCAACUUUUUGGUCUAUUUUUCAUCUGGGCAACCGCUGUGAUUACUGGUUUACUAACUGGCCUUUUAUUGGUUCAACCUGUUUUCGAUCCUCCGGAAAGAAUUGAAUUUUUUCAAGAUAAUAUCUAUUGGGUAUUGUCUGGUGAAGGUGAAGACGAUUUCACUCAUGGAAGCCUUUGUGAAACGGAAACUAAUCCAGAAGAUGUUCCUCUCAGUGAUCUUCUUGGGCGAAACAUCAGCAGAAAAAUAUCAAGAUGUUCAGCAAGCUUGAAUCUAUAGGAUAGGAAAAAAAUGAAAUGAUUAUUAAUAAUAUUGUCCUCAUUUUUAUAUGUUUUAUGAUUAUUGGAGCAAAUAUUUGGCCAAUCCAGUAUUGUAUUAUUAUAAUGGUUUAAAAUUAAUACAGAUGUAAUUUUGUAUUUUUUAAUCCAUUCAAUUUAAAAGUUUCAAGUUUAUAAUAGAGAGGAAAUGGAAAAAAUAUUGAAUUGAAAAUUCAAUCAAUAACUAUUAACCUCCUGAAGAAAAUAGCUAAAUUAUCACUUUAAUGACCAGAUUAAUAUUAAUCAACAAAUUGUCUCUACAUCUAGCUUCAUCUGUUUAUUAAGAUGAAUUAAUUUCUCAUUGACUGUAAUUAGCGUCAUAAUUAAUCAGACAAAUCCUAGGUAACCAGGUAAAUCAUCGGCAAAUAAACUUAACUGGUUUAAUGAAGGAAAAACAA